CACACCCAUCAAUUUCUAAAGCCUUACUACUACUUUAUUUCUCUUUGAAGAAGACCAAAAAGAAAAAAAAUGGGUGUUUCUAAUCACAACCUGAUUUCCUUCUUUUGUUUCAUUUUGUAUUCAUGUGUGGUUCCUAAGUUGGUGUUUGCUGGCAUAACGAGGCAUUACAACUUUGAAGUUAAAAUGCAAAAUGUGACACGUUUGUGCCAUACAAAGAGCAUGGUGACAGUGAAUGGCAAGUUUCCUGGACCUCGUAUUGUUGCUAGAGAGGGUGACCGACUACUUAUCAAAGUGGUUAACCAUGUCCCCAACAACAUAUCUAUUCAUUGGCAUGGAAUCAGACAAUUGAGAUCAGGUUGGGCAGAUGGACCAGCUUACAUAACCCAAUGUCCAAUACAAACUGGGCAAAGCUAUGUGUAUAAUUACACAAUUAUUGGGCAAAGAGGAACUCUAUUUUGGCAUGCUCAUAUUUCUUGGCUAAGGUCAACACUUUAUGGACCUAUAAUCAUUCUUCCUAAACAUGGAGUUCCUUAUCCAUUUCCCAAACCCCACAAAGAGAUGCCAAUCAUCUUUGGGGAGUGGUGGAAUGUAGAUACUGAAGCUGUGAUUAGCCAAGCCUUACAAACAGGUGGAGGUCCAAAUGUUUCUGAUGCUUAUACAAUGAAUGGUCUACCUGGACCUUUGUAUAAUUGCUCCACUAAAGAUACAUUAAAGCUAAAAGUGAAGCCAGGAAAAACCUAUCUUCUCCGUUUAAUAAAUGCAGCAUUAAACGAUGAACUUUUCUUCAGCAUAGCAAAUCACAGCCUUACAAUAGUUGAUGUUGAUGCAAUUUAUGUUAAACCCUUUAAAACCAACACACUUAUAAUUGCACCAGGACAGACCACAAAUGUUCUUCUUCAAACCAAAUCCCAUUUCCCAAAUGCCAAAUUUUUCAUGUUUGCUAGACCAUAUGUAACAGGACAAGGAACAUUUGACAAUUCCACAGUUGCUGGAAUCCUAGAAUAUUAUGACCAAAUUUCCAAAAAAAACCUACCAAUUUACAAACCAAAUCUUCCACUAUUAAAUGACACUUCAUUUGUUACUAAUUUUACCAAAAAACUUAGAAGCUUAGCCAAUUCCCAGUUCCCAGCUAAUGUUCCUCAAAAAGUUGACAAGCAAUUUUUCUUCACUGUUGGACUUGGGACAAACCCUUGUAACCAAAAAAACCAAACAUGUCAAGGACCAAAUGGGACAAUGUUUGCAGCUUCAAUUAAUAAUGUUUCUUUUGUAAUGCCAAAUAUUGCCCUUCUUCAAGCUCAUUAUAAAGGGCAAUCUAAUGGGGUUUAUAGUCCUUUUUUUCCAACUAGUCCUUUGAUUCCUUUUAAUUACACUGGUAAUCCUCCUAAUAAUACUAUGGUUGGGAAUGGGACAAAGGUUGUGGUUUUGCCUUUUAAUACAAGUGUGGAGUUGAUAAUGCAAGAUACAAGUAUUCUUGGAGCUGAGAGUCAUCCUCUUCAUUUGCAUGGAUUUAAUUUCUUUGUGGUUGGACAAGGAUUUGGAAACUUUGAUCCUAAUAAAGAUCCUAAGAAUUUCAACCUUGUUGAUCCUGUUGAAAGGAACACUGUUGGUGUGCCAGCUGGAGGAUGGGUCGCGAUUCGGUUUCUCGCUGAUAAUCCAGGAGUAUGGUUCAUGCAUUGUCACUUAGAGGUGCACACAAGUUGGGGUUUAAAAAUGGCUUGGUUGGUAUUGGAUGGAAAGCUCCCUAAUCAAAAGCUCUUGCCUCCACCAGCAGAUCUUCCCAAAUGUUGAAACCAUAUAUCAAGAUUUAUCCUUGCUUUUGUUUUUGUUCUGUUUUUUAACAUGUUUUUUUGUUGGUCUAAGUUUGUUUUUAUUUUUUUUGUGUUUGUUUUUUUGUUUGGAAAAUCACGUGUUUUUAAAUUAUUGUUUUGUCCGUUAUAUGAUUAUCAGGCUGAGAUGUGUGAAUGUAAGAAGAGUGAAAUAGCAAUUGCUUUUUUGCUGUAAAUGUACUAAAAUAGCAAUUAUAUUGCUUCCUUGUUCAUUAACAAAGGCCAAGUUUGAGUUGAUUCAA